AUGUUUGUGUAUUUGAGCAAAAAGAUUGCUAUGCCCAAUAAUUCCAAACUACUGUGUGUAGCAUGGAAUAAAAGUGAGGGCUAUAUUGCAUGUGGGGGAGAGAAUGGACUUCUUAGAAUCAUGCAACUGGAAUCUCCCCUAGAUGUAAAGGGUAAAAGUAGACAGAGCAGCUUGUCUAUGAACCAAGGCGUUGCAGGGCACACAGGUUUUGUGCAAAUGGCUCGAUGGAAUGACUAUUACAAGAAGUUGACAACGAGUGAUAUCAAUGGACUUAUCAUUGUGUGGGGCCUGUCUAAAGACAAAUGGAUUGAAGAGAUGGUUAACAACAGACACACAGUGAUCCAAGAUAUGAAAUGGAAUGCUGAUGGCAAAAUGAUUUGCAUUGUUUUUGAAGAUGGUGUUGUUAUUGUUGGUACUGUGGAUGGUGAGAGAAUCUGGGGCAGAAAUUUGGGUGGAAGAAACUUUUCAAAAGUAGAGUGGUCGCCUGAUAGCAAAAUGCUGCUUUUUGGUAUGAUAAAUGGAGAAGUGCAUGUUUAUGACAACAUGGGCAAUUACAUAAAUCGUGUGGUUCUCCAUUGCUUGAAUGAUGUGCCUGCUCCAUUUAAAUUAGUAUCCAUUUAUUGGUACAACGGUAGCUUUGGUUACAUUGAAGCCAAUUGUCCUAGUCUCUUAAUCUGUUACACAAAUGGACGAGUCCAGAUAAUGCGGUCAGAAAUUGAUAAUGCACCAGUUGUCUUUGAUACCCAAAUGCGAAUAGAAGACGUGGCAUGGAACCACUUGGGUUCUACCAUAGCCAUAGCAGGUUCAGUUACAAUUCAAGGCAGUGACAGAGAAACAAACUUUAUUCAUUUUUAUUCACCCCUUGGAGAGCAUUUAAGGAGCUUAAAAAUUCCUGGCAAAGAACUAAAAAGCUGUGCUUGGGAAGGAUUUGGCUUGAGGUUGGCAGUCACUGUGGAUCAUUUGGUGUAUUUUGCAAAUAUUAAACCAGAUUAUAAGUGGGGCUAUUGCAGUACUAGUGUUGUGUACAGUUUCACAAAACCUGAUCGAUCAGAAACUUCUGUGGUAUUCUGGGAAACAACUAAAGAUGAGAAAUUCAUAAAAUACAUGAAAAGUUUGACCAAUCUGAUCAGUCAUGGAGAGUAUUGUUGUUUAAUUACCAAAAAUGAAGAGACAGCUGGUCAGUAUAUACUAGUUUUGUGCAAUUCUAUUGGAACUCCAUUGGAACAGAAAGAUAUUGACAUGGAGCCAAUGUUUUUAGAGAUGACCAAGUCAUAUGUGAUUGUUGCAUCAAGGGAAGUUUUUUAUAUGUGGCAGUUCCAGAAUCCAAAGAAAAUUACUUCGGUACAUUUAUCAAGUCGAAGAUCCCGGCGCGAAAAGUUAUUUCACAUUGAUAAAGUCCCUGGCCCAUCUACACAAAAUGAAAAUAUUGAUUUCAACUUGGCUAAUGUUACAACCACUAAUCCAAUUUGUGCCAUUUGUGCAUCAGAUAAAAUCAUUUUGAUUGCCAGAGAAAAUGGAGUUAUACAUCAUUACAGUCUUCCACAUGUAAUGUUGGAACACAAAUACAACUUCAACGUUCUCCCCAGUCAAAUGGCUAUCAACUCUAAUUCCACAAUUCUAGCCAUAGUUGAUAACUUUGGAGUGCUGACAUUCUACCAGCUGGAAGGCCAGAAUUCAAGUGGAACAACAGGCAAAGAGUUUGUUGGAGAACGACUCAAGUUUGAACGCAAAGAUGUUUGGAACAUUAAAUGGGCCAGCGAUAAUCCUGAUCUAUUUGCUAUGAUGGAAAAAGAUAGAAUGUAUGUAAUUCGAGGACUUGAUCCAGAGGAACCUGUCAUUUGUAAAGGUUAUAUCUGUCAAUUCUCAGAUUUACAGAUCAAAACUGUCCUUUUAGAUGACAUAAUGCUUUAUCCUGAAAAUCCAACCAAAGGACUAGUGGUUGACAUAGAAAUCAAGGCUUUAAGAGACACACGAGGACUCUUAGAAAAAGUUGGCAUUGAAGAAGCUCAAAAAUUCAUUGAAGAUAAUCCUCAUCCCCGAUUAUGGUAUCUUCUGGCUGAAGCAGCACUGGACAAUAUGAAUUUGACUGUUGCUGAACAAGCAUUUGUUCACUGUAAAGACUAUCAUGGGAUUCAGUUUGUUAAGAGACUCAACAACCAAACAAAUGAAUCCAUACGAAAAGCUGAGAUACUUUGUUAUUUUAAGAAAUUUGAUGAAGCUGAAGAUCUUUAUGUCAGCAUGGAUCGAAGAGAUUUGGCUGUGAGUUUACGAAAGAUGCUUGGUGACUGGUUCCGUGUAGCAGCUUUAUUGAAAUCUGGCGGCGUUGGAGAUGAUGUCCAACUCGAAGAAGCAUGGAAUGCCAUCGGUGACUACUAUGCUGAUCGACAAAAGUGGCAAGAAGCUGUCAGUUACUAUGAACAAGGAAGAAAUCAAGUACGUUUGGCUGAUUGUUACUACAUUCUUGAAGAUUUUGCAGGCUUGGAAAAAAUGAUCAAUGCCUUACCUGAAAAUCAUGAGCUUUUGCCAAAAAUAUCAGCCAUGUUUGUUACAGUUGGUAUGUGUGAUCAAGCUGUGGAAGCAUUCAUUAAGUGUAAUCGUGUCCGUGAUGCCAUUGAUUGCUGCAUUCAUCUGAACCAAUGGAACAUGGCGAUUGAUUUGGCAAGACAGCAUGCAGUCAAGGACAUAGACUCCCUUUUGACCAAAUAUGCUGGACAUUUACUGGAGAAAGGACGCAGCAUGAAUGCCAUUGAACUCUACCGCAAGGCUGGACACUACCUGGAGGCAGCCAAGUUGCUUUUGAAGGAAGCCAAUCGAAUUGCAAAAAAAGCUAAACCCCUUUUGAUGAAGAAAAUGUAUGUUUUGACUGGUUUAUUGAUGGAGAAAUAUCACGAACAAAUGAAAUUCAAUGUUAAAUCUCAAAAAGGGAAGAAGGCUGAUGUGAGCUCCUCUCUUGAAGGAUUUUUGGAAGAAGACACAGCAUCAAUGUAUGAUGCCCAAUUGGUUGACAGCCCUUGGCAUCAUGCAGAAGCCUAUCAUUUUUAUCUGCUGACCCAUACCCAACUCCAGGCUGGUUAUGUGGAUGCAGCCAUGAAAACUGCUUUGGUCUUACGUGAUUAUGAAGAUGUGCUUGAUCCUGUCAACAUCUAUUCUCUCUUGGCAUUAGCAGCGUGUGCAAAUCGAGCUUUUGGGACAUGUUCAAAAGCAUUUAUCAAAUUAGAAUCCCUUGAAAGUUUGGAACCUGCUCAGAAGCAACAAUUUGAGGAUCUGGCCUUUGAAAUUUUUACCAGGCACAGUCCAAAGGAUUCAAAAUCUAAUCAAGUGGAUUGUCCAAGUUGUGCAUCAAGUAUGCCUGAUUGGGCAAGCAUUUGUGCCAGUUGUGAUGCAAAAUAUCCGCCAUGUAUUGUAAGUGGCCGCACCAUUCUUGACUAUCAUUACUGGAUGUGCAAUCACUGUAAGCACAGGGCAUAUGAAUCUGAGAUUCUGCAGCGACAGACAUGCCCUCUUUGCCAUUCCCCUUUCUGA